AUGAAUGCGAUCUCUUUUUUGUCAAAUGCACUUCCUGCUCCGCAGGAAGUGCCGAUCAAAGAGAAGGAGGGUAUAUUAGUGGAUCCGACCCCCACGAAUACCCAACCGAACAAAGUAAAAAACAAGACGACGACGGCGUCAACAACAACAUCAACAACAACAACGUCAACAGCUACGAAUAAAAGGAAUAGACCGUUUAUGAGAUGGAUAUGGUGCAUAUUAAUAUUCCUACCAAACUAUUUGCUAAUAAAACCUAUCAUAACGAUCUGGUACGUUAUCACAUUCCCAUUGAAUUUAAUGGAAACCAACACGCAGGGGAACAAAGGAUUGAUCCAGGUAGGAUCAGAAACUGACAGUAGGACCGAGAAACUAUCGAAAUACGUGGUAGAAGAGGAUCUAUCACCGACUGAUGAGAUCAUAAUAAACCAGGAUAAGAUGAAACCAAGACCUAUUACAGAAUAUUUAGGGAAAUUUCAUUUCCCCAAGAAAUUAGUACCCCAAUCAAUGCUACUUUCUACCAGUCGAAAGCUUUUAGUACUCGAUCUCGAUGAAACGUUGAUCCAUUCCAUGAGUAACAGUAGAUCGUUAGGGAACCCAACAGACAAGAACCCUAGUGGCACCACACCAAUGAUACACCUGGUAGAGGUACGAUUCCCGCAGACAAACAUAUCCACGUUAUAUAACGUUGCCAAGAGACCGUAUUGCGAUAUGUUUCUCCAACAGACGAGCCAAUGGUACGACAUUGCCAUCUUCACAGCAUCCAUGAAAGAGUAUGCAGACCCAGUAAUCGACUGGCUACAACAGACGUGUUCGGUACAGUUUCACUACAGAUGGUAUAGAGAAGAUUGCACACUUCGGCCUGGCGUCGGUUACGUGAAGGACAUCGGUACCGUGGCAACCCAAAUCGAAACGUCACGUGACCUCUCUCAAAUGAUUAUCAUUGAUAACAGUCCUAUCAGCUACGCAAUGCAUCUGGACAAUGCAAUACAAGUACAUGGUUGGAUCAACGAUCCAAGCGACUCGGAACUACUACACCUAUUGCCACUACUAAAGGCCAUGCGUCACGUGACGGACUCUCGCUGUAUACUUGCACUCAAAUCAGGUAGAGCAUCGAUCUCCAACUAA